AUCAGAACGCACGCUCCUACCCGGCAGCCGGGUGUCCCCAAGAAGAGCUGGGGAUCCGGGGCACAGCUGAGGCUUGUGGCUGCUGGGUACCCAAGCUGACCCGAUCAGGAGACUGGAAGCUGGGCCCAGGAUGGCCUCCCAGCGAGCUGUGCAGCUGUCUCUGAGAAAGCCUGCUCAUGCCGUGUGUGUGAUAGGUGUGGAGACACUGGUGGAUGUGUACAGUGAUGUGCCCAAAGGCGCCAAGACCUUUGAGGUGUCCGGGAGCUCUGAGGUGAAGAUCUACAUGGUCUACGAUCCCUCAAGAGUGGCAGAGCCCGCAGGCCGGGCCCACUGGCCCCUGGAUGCCAAUGUGGAUGUGGUGGUGGUGGCGGACACAGUCAGUAAGAACUUACACGACCUCAAGGUAAAGGUAUCAUACUUCAAGUCCCAGGACACUGCCGCCCUGGCCCACAGCCUUCUCUACCUAACCGCUGUUGAUGUGUCCCUUGAUGUCGACACAGGCCGCACAGGCAAGGUGAAGAAAGGCUCUGGUGACAAGAAAAACUGGCGCUGGGGCUCCGGGGGCUCCGGGGCUAUCCUGUUGGUGAACUGUGACAGAGAUGUGCAUGGGUCCAGAGAGGACCUACAUGAUAGCCAUUUGAGGUCACUGGAGGACCUGCAGGACAUGUCCCCAAUGGUGUUGAGCUGUGACGGCCCUGAUGAUCUUUUUAAGAGCCACAAGCUGGUCUUGAAGGCAUCUUUGCCGGAUUCCAGAAGACUGGGGGUCUUUUGUGCCCGGGGUGGGACCUCCCUCUCCAACUACAAACAGGUGCUGGGGCCCCGUCAUAACUCCUAUGAGGUGGAAAGGCAUCCUGGGGAGAGGGACAUUCAGUUCUACGUGGAAGGACUCGCCUUCCCUGAUGCCAGUUUCUCAGGGCUGCUGUCUCUCAGUGUCAGCCUGGUAGACACACGGCCCCUCUCCGAGGUGUUGGUCUUCACGGACAGCGUGACCUUCCGAGUGGCCCCCUGGAUCAUGACCCCCAACACCCAGCCGCCCCUGGAACUGUACGUGUGCAGCGUGACAGAUAUGCAUGGCAGCAACGACAAGUUCUUGGAGGACAUGUCCCACCUGGCCACGAAGGCCAACUGCAAACUAGUGGUCUGUCCCCGGCUAGAGAAUCGCAAUGAUCGAUGGAUCCAGGAUGAGAUGGAGUUUGGCUACAUUGAUGCCCCUCACAAAUCGUUCCCUGUGGUCUUUGAUUCCCCCCGAAACAGAGGCUUGAGGGACUUCGCCCUUAAGAAGAUCCUGGGUCCUGACUUUGGAUAUGUGACCCGGGAGAUCCAGUUCGCAGGUGCCUCUGGCCUGGAUUCCUUCGGCAACCUGGAUGUGAGCCCGCCAGUGAGGGUGGGCAACACAGAGUACCCCCUCGGCAGAAUCCUCAUCGGUGGCAACUUCCCUAAGUCCAGCGGGCGGCGGAUGGCCAGGGUGGUGCGUGACUUCCUGCAUGCCCAGCAGGUGCAGGCUCCGGUGGAACUCUACUCUGACUGGCUCUCCGUGGGCCACGUGGAUGAGUUUCUGAGCUUCGUGCCCACCUCUGACCAAAAGGGCUUCCGGUUACUCCUGGCCAGCCCCAGCGCCUGCCUCCAGCUGUUCCAGGAGAAGAAGGAGGAGGGCUACGGGGAGGCCAAGCAGUUUGAUGGCCUCAAGCAUAAGACAAAGAGAAGCAUCAAUGACAUCUUAGCUGACAGGCACCUCAGGAGGGACAGUGCGCAUGUGCAGAAAUGCAUCGACUGGAACCGUGAGGUGCUAAAACAGGAGCUGGGCCUCUCCGAGAGCGACAUCGUGGAUAUUCCACAGCUCUUCUUCCUGAAGGGAGCCUACGCUGAAGCCUUCUUUCCUGACAUGGUCAAUAUGGUGGUCCUCGGCAAGUACCUGGGCAUCCCCAAGCCCUUCGGGCCCAUCAUCAAUGGCCGCUGCUGCCUGGAAGAGAAGGUGCGCUCCCUGCUGGAGCCGCUGGGUCUACGCUGCGUCUUUAUCGACGACUUUCUCUUUUACCACCAACUGCUUGGAGAGAUCCAUUGUGGCACUAAUGUGCGGAGGAAACCUUUUGCCUUUAGGUGGUGGAACUCCGUGCCCUGAGCCUGCCCGAACACCACCCUCGCUGCCCUGCUGAUGAGAACCCCAGAGCAAGGGCAAGGGCCACGAACCAGCUUCCACCCUCCUGGAGCCUGAAAGCGGACUGACUACUGUGGUCAGCUGGGCUCCCGGAGGACAACACACUUCUUCGUUUCUGGAGUCGCCUGUCCUGCCCAGGAGACUAUUGACACUUUUCCUUCACCCUUUCCCAGCCAGAGCCCCCAGAGGGUCAAGGUCGGAAGCUAAGCCUGUAGGCCACGCCCUACUUUGAGCUGUUUCCCCCCUCCCUUCUGGACACCUCUCUGAUGCUGUUUCAGAAAUGCCCACCAUGCCAGGACCCUGGGGCACGAACACCAUAGUUUCGUAUGACUCCUGGAUUGCGCAAGAUGAAAAGGAAGAUUUGGGGCGUCUUUUUUUCCCAGAGGACCUCAGGCCAUGGCCCCCUGGCACCCUUCAGCUCAACGUAGUCAAACAAAGGCAGGAAAUCCCAGUCCUUGAAAGCGGGCAGGCACAAAAGCCCCUCUAAUGCCAAACUCCAUCCAGUCCCACCUCUGCAGAAUGCUUGUUACCUGUUGGGGCAGCCUUUAAUUACGAGCCCUGGUGCUUCCUGUUGGAAGAUGCUUCGGGGCAUAGGGAGGCCCUCGGAAGUCUGCAAGCGUGGGUGGGGGUGGGGAAGGGUGGGCAGGAAGGUCGCACCAGGAAGGCAGAGAGGUUGCCCAUCUCGGGGUGGGGGAACCUCGAAGCCUGGAACUCUUGGCUGGGUGUUUGGGGCCCCUGAACCUGACGGCUGUUGGUCCAGAUGUGAAGGGGAUGGGGCCCAAGGUAUUAGAAGAGGGUGGGGUAGGCCAUUAAGUUACAUCUGGAGGUGAGGCUUAAUUUCCUCUAAUAGUCUCUAAUUACUCCCUAACCUGCUGCAGGCAGUGGGAGGGGAGGGCCCACACUCCCCCAGCAGCCUGGGACCCUACACAACACUUGUACAGCCCCAGUAAACCCCAUGGCAGGCCUGUGUCCCCCCUCCCACAGUAGGACAGACAGCUGGCCUGGAGGCUAAUAGCAUUGGGUGAGGUCACAGAGACAUGUGUCGGCAAGCAGGCAGGCCAACCGGCUGCAGGGCACGGCUGGCAGAGGCUUCCUCUGGUCAAGGAGCCACAACAGGCUGCUGGAUUCUGUCUUUGUAUUUUGGUAGCUUCUGGUGCCACCCCUGACUUGAGGCAGCUGCUGUCACUUGGUAACCACUGGACACUUAGUUAGCAAAGGCUUCCUUGGAGCUGUUAGGAUAGGCAUGGCCAGGUAGACAUUGGCUCUUCCCCCUUCCAGAAGGUUCUGUGGAACUGGAACCCCCAUUUGUAGGCUCCCCACACCAACACCCUCCUCUAUGAUCAUGGCCUGGCUGAGGUUAAGCCAUGGAGAAGGAGAAGAAGAAGAAGAUAAAGGGGGAUGAGAAGGUUGGGGGCGGGGCCUGGCCUCUGAAGACUCAGGAGACUGACUACAGAGCCUCGGCAAGCAUGGGAGCAAGUCUUCUGCGCCACAUGAGGUGGGCUCUGGAGUCGCUACUCAGACCGUCUGGGGUCCUGGCUGACUGGCCACCCUCUCCCUCAUCAAUUAAAAACAUCGUUGUGCAUUC